AUGCCGCCGCGGAAACAAAACUUGUCAGAGGAUGACAUGUCCACAAUAAAGGAUUUGUUGGAGCAACAGCAGGCAAAGUAUGAAGACUUACUACAAAGACAACAAUCAAUCUUUCAAUCAUUCAUAGAAUCUGUCAUGACCUCUACUAAUAACCGAUUUGACAACCUAGUUAGAGAAGUACAGGAGCUGAAGUCUUCUUUGCAGUUCUCGCAGCACGAAGUUGACACUCUGAAAACCAAACUGAACGAAGCUAAUUCAGAGAUAACCAACCUGAAAGCCACUAUUGAUGACCAAGCAAAGAAUCCCAAGUCUCUACAAAUGCCAGACAUGGAGAAAAAGAUGGACUAUCUGGAGAACCAGAGCAGAAGAAACAACGUAGUCAUCGAUGGCAUAGAGGACGACGUCAAGGAAACUUGGGCCGACACAGAAGUCAAAGUACGCAACAUCCUGACAAAAAAGCUACAACUAGACUCAAAGACAAUCGAAAUAGAAAGAGCUCAUCGGAAUGGUCCCUUCAGAAAUGACUCCCCCCGCCCAAGGCAAGUUGUGGUCAAGCUACUGCGUUUCAAGGACAAACAAAUGAUCCUUAACAGAGCCCGAUCCAACCUCAAGAAUACCAACAUUUACAUCAAUGAAGACUUUUCAGAUCAAGUUCGAAAACGACGCGCAGAGCUGGUGCCAAAGAUGAGGGAAGCCAGACAACGUGGAGAGUUCGCUAUCAUCAGUUAUGACCGACUCGUCAUCAGGAAGAAAACUAAUCAGGAAAUGUCGUAA